AUGAGAAAAUUAUUUUUAUUAAUAUAUGCUAUCACCUUAUUUUCAGUAUAUGUAAUUAAAGGUGCAAAAAGAAAUGAUAGUUCCACAAAAAAAAAGUCAUUGAUGAGUAUCUUAUUUGGAAAUUUGUUUACCAGAUAUAAGAAGAAAAAAAAGUCUUCUUUUAAUUAUGCAAAAAGUGAAGCAGAUUGUAGCAUUCCGACCGAACUUGAAGACCAAGUAAAUUAUGAAAUUUAUAGCGAUGAAAAUAUUUCUAAUGAAGUUGAAGAAGAUAUAGCGAGAGAUAAAUUUAAUAAAACAUAUGGAGAAUUAUACAAAAGACAAAGUAAGCAUGAUAAUUAUGAAGAUUCAUAUGAUAAUAAUUAUUAUCAGAAUUAUGGAAUAAAAAAAAUAGCGAAUUGUCAUAUAUUAGAUUUACAUUUAGGAGAGUAUGCUCCUAAGGAAAAGAAAAAAAAUGGUUCAUUUAAACAGAUUAUUUUAUUUCAGAAUUAUUAUAAAGAAAACAUAACAAAUAAUAACUCAAAUAGUCUUGGGGAAAAUGAGUAUCCAUUUAAUUUUAUAUAUCAUCCUAAAGAAAAAGAAAAAGAAAAAAAACGUAGACCUAAAAGUAUGAAUUUAGAUUCUAAAAGUUAUGAUCCAUUUAAAGAGGAAAGUUACGAAAAAAAAAAAAAAAAAAGAUGGAGUACUAUUGGAUUUUCAAGGAAAAAAAUAAAUAAUUUUGAUUGUUUUGAAGAUUUAAAUAUAUCACAUUUUUCUUAUGAGGAAGAUAAUAAAGCAGAAAAUAAUGAAAAAAAAUAUGCACAAGACAUUUAUGGAGUUCAAGGUAUAUUUGCGUGGACCUCUGAAGACGCAUUAAAUUUAAAUCCUAAACCUACAAGAACUCAAAGUUUACCACAUAUAGUUGAAAAUAAUGUAAAUGGAGAAUAUGAAAAAAAAUAUGACGAUGAUGAAAUUGAUUUAUUUUAUUAUUGCAUUAAAGAAAUAAAAAAGAGGGAAAUGGAAAAGGAGGAAGAAAAACAAAAAGAAAAACAAAAUAUAGAUUUAAAAAACAAAAAUGUAAACUAUCCAUUAGAUGAUGAUGCUUUAUUAGAAAGCAUACCUCAUAAAGAACAAUAUAAUUAUUCAUGUGUAACAAAUAAUAAAAAUACAUAUCAUGAAAUUCUGGAAAAUAAAAAAAAAGACGAAAUAAAAGAAUUAAAAAAUUAUUUGGAAUUAUUGAAAGAAAAAAGAAAAGAGAACUUGGAAAAUAUAAAACUCAGACGCUCAUCUUCUUUUUCCCAAUUUAAUACAAAUGUAAAUUCAAAUUCUGAUUUUCAUCCUGAAAAAAAUGAUGACAAAAAAUUAAUGCUGAAUGAAAAAGCACACCUCUUGAAUGAUAAUAUAAGUGAGUAUUCGUGUUGUAUUGAACAUAUUGAUAUGAAAAAAUGA